AUGGGUAAAUCUAAGAAAAGAUCUAGAGCUUCUAGGGCACGUUUGAAUCCGUUAUCAAACCAAAGAACCAACUCUGCUAAGGAUGCAAACCUAAUAACCAAAAAAAUUCAGCCAUUAAUCACCCAAUUACAAAGUACCAUUGCAAAUGAUCGUAAUAUGGCAAUCUCUUCAAUUAGUGUUAUGUGUGAAGAUCCUCAUAUGAGGCAUUUGUUAAUGAAGGAGAAAUUAAUUCACAUUAUAUUGAAUAAUUUAUUAAAUGAUAAUAAUACCGACAUUGUAAUCGAAGCAUUUGGUUUACUCAGAAACUUAACUAUCGAAGAAGGUUAUGAUGUUGCUGUCCAUUUAUGGAGAAAUGAUAUCUGGGCUCAUUUAAAGGAAGGUUUCAAUAAGAUUAAUCAAUCUUUAGAUGCUAUGGGAAAGAAUGAGAAUGAUGAUAAUAAAAAGGCCAGUAAACAAUCGAUUAGAAUGUUAUUUGAUUAUUCUGAUAACCUAAUUUCGUUACUAGUAGCAUUAACAAACGAUUCAGAUGAUAUUCUGAACGAAAUCUUAAAAGAGGACAAAUUAAAUGUCGUUUUUUCCACUAUAUUAAAAUUCAAUGAGUACGGUAUGGAUAAAUUGACAACGAACUUACGUAACACAGUCCUUGAUUUUUUCUACGACUUCAGUUCUGAGUCUAUUGAUUUCGUCGAGUUUGUUUUGAACAAUGAAGCUUUAGUUCAAUUAGUCAGCAGCUUAUGCAGUUCAGAAAUGAAUAAUGAAUUAAGUCAAGUUUUAGUUUGUGGUAUCAAUUUACAAUUUGCUGAUGUUGACACCAAUAUUACUCUCGAUUCAUCAAAAUGUAAUGAGAUUUUAACUCAAGUAACACAAGCCAUAGGAAGAAUCAAUUUGCAAGAUAUGAAACAAAAUUUAAACUUCGCAAUUGACAAUAGUGAAACUAUCGAUGCUUCGAGAUUAAAGGACUACGCUAAGAAAAAACAAGCUGCUAUGAUGGAGCUUCAAGCGAUUGAAACCGGUAUCGACGUUUUAACUGGUAUUUUUGAAAUGAUUGCAUCUUUACAGAUUAAUGUAGAUUUAGAUUUAAUGACUGUAUUGAAGUCUAAUUUACCAAAUUUUCUGAAUUCUCUAUUAGCAGAGUUCCCUGAUAGAAUUUUAAUUGCAUGGAAUAACUAUUUGUGGUUAUUUGUCAGUCUUGGGGGAGAAGAAAUAACUUCACAAGACUUAAGCCUAUUGUGGCAACAUGUUGUGAAUAUUGAUGAUAAGAACGAAAAUAGUAUUAAAUCAGGUAAAUUGAGUGUGAUGUGGGUGCUCCUAAAGAUAUGUGGGUUACGAGGUGAUAUUGAAACACUAACGAGGUUGCAAGUCUGGAACAACAUACAAUUUAUAACUUCUGUCAUUGACGAAUUCAAGAAAACCGAUGAUAUUGAAGUCAGACAAAAAUGUUGCGGCUUAUUAGCAUGUGUAGCGUGUUACCAAGGGCAAGACGUAGAAAUGAAUCAAACGGUUGGUACAUUUUUCUUGGAAUGUCUCGUUUCUACGGAAUUACAAGUUGACAUUUUGGUCGAUGUUACAAAUUUUAUCUUCGAAGUUUAUUCGGAUGCCGAUUUCGAUUAUGAUGAACCUGUGUUUAUAAAUGGUAAUUUCCUAGCGGUAUUGAAAGAUAAAGUUGCACCAAAUUUAAAAAAUAGAUUUAAGAUGGUGGAUAAGAAUAAAGAUCCUGAGGUAAAGUCGAGAUGUACAGAGUGUUGUAAUACAUUAGAUAGUUUUAUUCAUUACAAAAGUAAUGAAAGAUCAUGA